AUGAUAACGGAGGUGUUAUUGAAACAUGUGGAAAAGACUUUUAAGAAAGUCAAGCAGGGGCAGCUCGAUACUAUUGCAUUGCAAUAUAUAAACGAGCAGGAGCACGGAAAAGUGAUUGUUGUACUUGGGGAGAAAGCCCGAGUGGAGGAGUUUGCUCUGAAUCUGGAUAUCGAUUGCAUCUGGGUCCAUGGCGACCUCGAAGCUAAGGAAAAGGUGAAGAGGAUACAGAACUUCAAAAACCAGGAUACCAAGGUGCUAGUGGGAACAAGCUGGUCUGCGAGGGCAUUGACAUAGCCGAGGUGCGACUGGUGCUUCUUGUGGGGUACGUGCCGCCAGUGUCGACAUACAUCCAGAUGGCAGGACGUUUGAGAAAGGAGGGGAGGUGCGUGACACUAUGGAACAAACGGUCGUUACACAAAGAUUCCAUGCGUGUGCGGAACUACGCCAAGGCGAUAAGGGAGUUUUAUGGGUUGGAGGAGGAAGCUGGUGAGGAGACCGCAUGUGGGGAGACCGCAGGUGGGGAGAUCGGAGGUGAGCCGGGUCUUGAUGAUGACGAAACUUCAGGUGUACCGGAUGAUGAAGAAACUGCAGGUGGAGCGAGCACUCGUGAAGAAGAAACUACCGGUGGUCUUGGCAUUGCUGAU